UGCUCAGACCAGCUGCUCACACGUGUGGUUGAUAUCUCGUCGGACCCGGAGCGAUGCCAGCCUCGGAGCCGGUCCGGUUGGGUCGGAAACGCGCCCUGCCCUCCUGCCCGAACCCGCUGUUCCUCACCUGGCUGACAGAGCUCCGGGACGAGGCCAAAGAGAAGGGACUGAAGAUCCAGUACACAUACCAGAAGGCCAUCAGCUCUUUGAAUAAGUAUCCAUUACCGCUUCAAAACGCCAAAGAGGCAAAGAUCCUCCAGAACUUUGGAGACGGCAUCUGUAAAAUACUGGAUGAAAAACUGCAACGGUACCUUAGACAAAACGGUCAAAACGCUCCUAUUCACUCCCUCCCUGAAGCAGCGCCCCCUCCUGGCAGACAGGACAACAACAGCAUGGCUCCCUCCAGAAAGAAGAAUGCAGCAGGGGAUGGAGGGAAAGAAAAAGGAGGAGGGAGGAGGAAGAAGAGGGAGUACGUUCCCCAGAAGAGGUCCGGGGGUUAUGCUGUGCUGCUCAGCCUUUACAGACAGUCACAGACCCCAGGAAGCAAAGGUUAUAUGUUUAAGAUGGAGCUGCAAGCAGAGGCUCAGCUUCUCUGUGACAAGUCUUUUACUGUUCCAGAUUUAGGCAGUAAGUACACCGCCUGGUCUUCAGUGAGCACUCUGAUUCAGAAGAACUUCGUCAUAAAGACCCACAACCCUGCAAGGUAUUCUCUGACAGAAGACGGUCUGGCUUUGGCGGAGCGACUGGAGUCGGUGGAACAAGAGACUAAAGACGGCCCAGAGGGGGACAAAGAGGAGGCUAGGAGUGAGGAAGAAGUGGACAAGGAGGAAGAGGACGGUGGUUCUGGACUUGUGGACCUCACUGCCAGUGAUGAGGACGAAGAGGAGAAGGAAGAAGACAGAAUACACGCUGCAGAGAGGCCGGCGUGCGUUGCCCAGCAAAGGAGUGAGGUUGAUGGGACGGGUUUUUCGGGAAAACCCACGAAUUCACUGGCAACGAGCAGAAAGACGAAUGCAGGAUGUCUUCUGCCUGGAGCCUAUGAAAUUAUACUCUGCGUGGACUUCAUUGAGACAACUGGCGGAAGCAACCACCGCAAGCAGGAUCUGGUCAAAGAGCUUCAGAGGAACGGAGUGACCUUCGACGUCAGGAAGCUGAAUGUUGGAGACUUCCUCUGGGUUGCUCGAGAAAAGGUCGCACCUGUUCCAGGCCAGCUGCGUGCCCCUACAGGCAGAGAGCUGGUCCUUGAUUACAUCAUUGAGAGGAAGAGGAUGGACGACCUGUGUGGGAGCAUCAUCGAUGGACGCUUCAGGGAACAGAAGUUCCGACUGAAGAGGUGUGGUCUUCGUAGGCCCUGCUAUCUAGUGGAGGAGUGUGGGUCGGCUGCCUCCCACCUGAGUUUACCUGAAACAACUCUGCAGCAGGCCAUAGUCAACACACAGGUGGUUGAUGGCUUCUUUGUGAAGAGAGUCCAGGAUGUGAGGGAGUCAGCUGCCUACCUCACUGUCAUGACACGAUACCUGAUCAAACUGUAUCAGAACUGUACGCUGAUCUGUCGCUCCAGAGAGCUGGAGGGUGAUGGAGGGAGUGAUGAGGAGGAGGAGGAGGAGGAGAGAGGGACCCCCUCCUGCUCUCUCAUUUCUUUCGCAGAGUUCAACUACGGUGCAAUCAAAAACAAGUGUCAGACAGUGAGAGAAGUGUUUGCAAGACAGUUGAUGCAAGUUAGCGGUUUGUCUGGAGACAAGGCAGCUGCUAUACUGGAGCAAUACAGCACUCCACACAGUCUUCUUACAGCCUAUGAACGGUGUGUCAGUGAAGCACAGAAAGAGAAACUCCUCUCUUCCAUCCGAUAUGGGAAGCUCAAAAGAAACCUUGGUCCAGCUCUGAGCAGAACCGUUUAUCAGCUGUAUUGUACUCAAGGAGCGCUGUCAUAGAUACACACAGUCACGUGUGGUCACGUAUUUCAGCCAUUCAAAAUAUUUUCCGAACGCAAACUCAAGCUCGAAAAUGAAGUCACUCCUUUUCAGUUCCUACUUAACUUGAAUAGAAUUAAUUUGAGGAUGAUAAUUUACUAUGUUUAUGUAAAUACAAAGAUGCUGCUAUAUUUUCCAUUACUGUAACAUAAUGCUAUUUGUAUAAAGAAUGACACAAAUGU